CCUGGCACCCUCUGGACCUGGUGUUUGAGACAAAACUUCUGGAUUCGGACACAAAAAGAACCAGAGGACAUGUCCGGCACGAUCCCAAUAUUCCUGUCAUGGCUCUGCCUCCUGCUGCUAAAUCCCAUCAGCGGCAGCAGGAUUCUGGUAUUACCCGUUGAUGGCAGCCACUGGAUCAACAUGGAGGUGAUCCUCCAAGAGCUGCACUCCAGGGGCCACGACCUCACCGUGCUGCGGUCCGCCAAGAGCUGGUUCAUUCCCAGUAACUCUUCUAUUUAUACAUCUAUUGACGUUGUUAUGCUGGAGGACGAGUCAAACAAGGACUUUGCAGAUAAUAUGCUUCAAGAUGUCAUGGAAUGCCGCAGGUCGCAUAGUUUUCUACGGACCUUAUACCAGCAGAACAUGCUCACUUCUAUGUUGGCAAAAGGCCAUGAGAUCCUUGCCAGAGCAGCUGCUUUAAUGUUGGAUGACCCUGUUUUCAUUAAGAAGCUGCAGGAUGAGAAGUUUGACUUGAUGUUGACGGACCCUGCUCUGACUUUAGGAGUUCUUCUGGGUAGUUACCUCAAGCUACCGAUGGUUUUGAAUGUGCGCUGGAUCAAUAGCGGGGAGGGUCACCUCACCCUGGCUCCCUCUCCUGUCUCCUACGUGCCCGUGUCAGGAAGUGAACUCCAUGAUAAGAUGGACUUUCAGGAAAGGACCAUGAAUAUGUUGCAUUACCUCUAUAGUGUUUAUGAACAGCACUUCCAUAUUAACCCUUACUACUCCGAUCUGUUCCAACGACACUUCCCUCCUGGGACUGACUUGCUGUCGUUGCAGCGUGCCGCUGAUAUCUGGCUGUUGAGGGCGGAUUUUGUCUUCGAGUUCCCUCGACCCACGAUGCCCAAUGUGGUCUACAUCGGUGGGUUCCAGUGCAAAAAGGCCAAACCCCUCUCUGCAGAGCUUGAGACCUUCAUGCAGAGUUCUGGAGAGCACGGGGUGGUGGUUAUGUCCCUAGGCUCCUAUGUGUCAGCCCUGCCUCGCGAAGUCACUGAUGCCAUAGCUGCUGCUUUUGCUGAACUCCCGCAGAAGGUGGUGUGGAAGUUUGGGGGAGAAAAGCCGUCAUCGCUUGGCAACAACACCCUGCUAAUGAAGUGGCUGCCUCAGAAAGAUCUCCUGGGACACCCCAAGACUCGGGCCUUUGUGGCCCACGGAGGCACCAACGGCAUGUACGAGGCCAUCUGCCACGGUGUCCCUGUCGUGGGCCUGCCACUCCUCUUUGACCAGUUCGACAACCUCGUCCGGCUGAGGGUGCGUGGGGCAGCGCGGGUGGUGGAGGUCCAUUCACUCACCAAAGAAAACUUCCUGGAGGCUCUAAAGGACAUCCUGGAGACCCCCUCGUACCGAAACAGAAUCCAGCAUCUCUCCCUGCUACACCACGACCGGCCACUGUCCCCAAUGGACACCGCUAUAUUUUGGAUUGAGUACGUCAUUAGGAACCAAGGAGCAGCCCAUCUGCAGCCGGCAGGUUUUAGUCUGCCCUGGUACUCCUACUUCUGCCUGGAUGUGGCUGUUUUCAUCAUGGCCGUCAUCGGAGCCCUCGUCUGGGCUAUAGUCCUGGUCAUUAAGGUUCUCUGCUGCAGGAGGUUCAGGAGGAAGGUAAAAGCAGAGUGACUUGAUUCAAAUUAUUAAACGGCAGCUGACACAUUUUAGCUGCUUAUUUUAGACUUACAUAUUUCAGAAAAUCAGGAUUCUAAAUUUUAGAUGGUUGUAAAAUGCUGAAUUCCCCCCCAUAUAAUCGUUUUUUCCAGACAUGUGACAGGUGUUGUGUGGAGUACGUUCACUUAUACCUCAUGUAGUCCUUCAUACUUUACAAGACACCAUCCUCAAACAUUAACCAAGCCAAAAAAGUGCUUUUCUCAGCCAUGUAUACCAUAUCAUAGAUGUCAUAUUUCUGAUGAAGAAAAACCGAGAAGCGUGACAGCCUCCAUCUGACAACCUGAUCAGGUGUGAAUUAGUCUAGUUUCAUUGACUUCCUGUUUGAUCCAAAGGCAACGUGAGUGGAGUGUGUAGUCGUAGAUGAAAUCUAAGUCCUCAAGAAAACAGAACCAUCAUUUUUUCUACCAUGUUUUAUUUCACUCUUUUGGGGGAUUUUAUUUAAAAAAUGCUGAUAAAUGUAUUUAUCUUAUGUAAUUAUUAAUAAACCAACUCCUGUACAUUA